AUGGAAUGCAAUCGAAAAGCCGGUCGCGGUGGCGGACCUCACACUGCUCUUCCUGCUCGAGAACGAUGCGGUGCCGUUGUUCCCGCAGCGUCGCCCGCUCACCACCGACAUGCCGGAGAUUCCUGCGAGCGCGAGUACAGCGAGACCGAUCUUGCCAAGCUGUCCAUCGCGCCAGAAGCAAAGCUCGAGGACUGGAUGUCACCAGACUCCGAUACCGGCACCAACAAGGGAGAAAUCACCGUUGGGGAGAACUGUGUCGUGGUGGGAAUCGGAGCUGGAAGGAAGAAUUAUUUUCGUGACAACGUGGAACGAAUACCUGGCUCAGUGUUUGCCGACGACGUCCACGGAGAUAACUUGCCCCACCUCCCGACAGUCCUGACCGGCUUCCUGGACGAGUGGCCUGCGUACGCUUCUCGCGAAGCGGGAAAAUCCUGGAGUUUGCGAGACUUGGUGGCUCGCACGGCUGGGAGGAAGGUAUCCCUUGACGGCGGGCCUUCCUUCGCUCGCAUGUCCAUGUGUGCCGGGAGCGUCAGCCUGGCAGAGUACGAGCGGUACUCGGAGAACGAGUCGGGUAAGGACUCCGCGCCCCUUUACGUCUUUGAUCCGAGCAUCUUGGGGCCUAGAUCUACCUUCUGCGACGACGGGAGUCUCGUCAGGGACGCAUUCGACACGCCUGCGUGCUUCUCGCGCGACGCCGCUGCGGCAGUGUGCGACGAAAAGUUCCGGCCUCUCCCUCCGAAAUGGCUCUUGAUUGGUGUCGUCCGAAGCGGCACUUCGAUUCACGACCACCCAACCACAGUGGCGUGGAACGCGCUACUCGUCGGGUGCAAGCUGUGGUGCUGCUUUCCGCCAGACGUGGACGAAAGCGCUCUGCUUCUGAAUUUAGAUGGAAACAGCAGCGAGCACGAAGGAGGAGGUGAAGACUUUGACUUGUCAGCCUUGGAGUGGUUUUGUCGGGCUGGCUCGAGUGACGGCGAGGAUCCCGGAGGACGACGACAUCUUCACAAGAGCGCGAAGGUAAUCAUCCAGCGCCCCGGAGAAGUUGUGUUUUUGCCCAUCGGGUGGUUCCACGUCGUGCUCAACGUCGAAGCGAGUACGGCGCUUAGUAUGAGUUUGACGCUCCGGCGGGAUCUGCCCUCCGUGCUGCCCUUGUUUUUGGAAGCUGAGCGUGAGUUUGCGCUUUGGGGUCGACCCAACAGCGACUUGGAUAGGCAAGAAUCGGAUAGUGGCUCCUGA